UCUACGCCCCUCCGCUCUUGCACGGCGGUUUCCAUGCUUCAGAGACGGCAAACGUAGCGUACAGGGGUGACAUGACUCUGACCAGAGGAUCUUUCACCUAUGCCAGUGGGGAAGAGUACCACGGCGAGUGGAAAGAAGGUCGGAGGCAUGGCGUCGGCCAGCUCAAGUUUCAGGAUGGAACCUGCUACACGGGCCAGUUCGAGAACGGGCUCUUCCAUGGCUCUGGUGUGCUGUUCUUCACAGAUGGAUCCAGGUAUGAAGGGGAGUUUGCCCAUGGAAAGUUUCAAGGCACGGGAGUCUUCAGUCGUUACGACGGCAUGAAGUUUGAAGGAGAAUUCAAAGAUGGACGUGUUGAGGGAUAUGGGCUAUUGACUUUCGCAGAUGGAGCUCAUGGUGUCCCACGAAACGAGGGCUUGUUUCAAAACCACAAGCUGCAGAAGAGGGAGAAGUGUCCGGGAGUGGUGCAGCGGGCGCAGGCUUCAGCCUCCAACGCUCGCAGUCUGGCACUUUGACUGUCAUGGAGCCUAGAGAUCAGGUUCCAGCACCUUCCAGGAGGACCUCAGGGAUGUGUACUCGUAUACGCCCCUCCAGCUCUUCUCUCUGCGUCUUCUCCUCUUUUUCCACACUCACUUUCUUUUCUUUUUUCUUUAUCUUCCUUUCUUAGCCUUCACAGUGGCUUGGAAUGCACAAACAAUGGCUUUCUGUAUGACUGACUUGAAAUGCACAACACCAUGAAGCACACCUUUAACUUCACCAGUCAUGCAAACAAACAAAUGCUGCUGUUUUUCCCCUGUUCUGAUUCUUGUACUCAAACAGUGUCUUAGUGUUUUUCUCAAGAAUAGUUAGCUUCCAUACAUCA